AUGAACUUGAACUGCAAGGUCAAUGCGCUUGCCUAUCCUGCAUCGGACCUCUCGAACCCCGUCUCGCCGUGCCAGUGCUCCGUUAUCUUCAGGUGUGAUGAUGCUUCCAAGCAGGCAACUGUCUUGCUCGUAUUGAGGCUACCCUCAAUUUGUAACACACAGGUCUUCGUCCUGCAGUACGAUGCUGACAGCCUGCUCUCUGGCACCGUUAGCCUCAGCAGCGGCAACAAGCUUCUCCCCCGGCCGCAGUUGGACGAUCUCCUGCGCGACAAGGUCAACAAGCACUUCGACAUCAAAACCCUCGCUUUGAGCAUCCAGAAACCAUGUCCUCUCUGGUGCACGGAUGCACAAUCCUUCAGCCCCAACCCUAAAUACGAGCAGGCCUUCCGUCAGUUCGUGGACCUUGCCAGAUCAACCACAAUACACAUCGUCUUCGAUUAUAAGCAUAUACGCAAAGAGCACCAGGGCGGAUUCAGGGCUUUCUGCAAGGCUGCCAAAGGCCUGGUCGGGUAUCCGGUGGAGGAGUCUCUCAAGAAACAAAAGCUAAGGAAGACGAGCUGGGAGAUCUUUGGUCCCGUCGACGCGGUCGAGGCGCCGCCUCCUUACGACACUUCCAGCGCUCGUAAGAGGCCAAGGCAGGCAAGCCCCACGUCACCUAGGCAGUCGCCGAAACGCUUCGCACCCCAGUCACCGACCGAAUCGCACUCAUCUGAGAGGACUGUUCCCUUUAGUCCAGUUACAGCAGCUGAGGCUCUUGCAAGGGCGCUCAGAAAAGCUUCGCCUGGGUUUGAUUUCCAGACUGAAGCGAUCAACGCCGCGGUCAGCAAGCAGCUUCCGGCACAUCUUGAGAGCAUCCAGACUGCAGUGAUCAACGCCGCGAUUAAGGAACAGCUUACCGCUCAUCUUGACAAAGCUCUGCAGUCUGAGGCGAUGAACACCGCGAUCGCCAAACACUUAGACACAGUCCUCCCAACCCUUCUCCCAACUAUACUUGACAUUUUGCUUACUGGCGCACCGAAGACCACCCCCGGCUCCCCUGCCACCUCCUUCACCUCCAUGGACUCGCACGGCAACCGUCACCCAAAACUGCCAUCCCUGACACCCUUGAGCAAAAAACUUAUCCCACACCUCCGCACCCAUCUCGCUGGGCAGUUCCGGCAGUACCAGGCUCAGCAGCUGCAGGACUUUGAGAAAUUGGUGACCAAAACGCUCGAGCAGCUUGAGGACGCCGCCUAUGACGUACGUGCGCGUGAAACAGCGGAGUUCAUGGGCGAGAUGGAGGAGCACAAGGCCGAGGUGAGUCUCCUGAAAAGGGACACUAUUCAAGACCUCUGGCGUGAAACCGAGGAGGUGUUGGCGAGGGGUAAGGAGGAGGGUUGGGCGCUAGGGGAAGACAUCAAUGAGCGGCUGUCGGAGCUGUGCGAUAAAAUUGAAAGGGUGAAGAGGGUACGGUUAAGGAAGAUGGUCGCGAGCGAGGUAAGCAGGCAGAAGCAGAGAAAGAGAGGUGUACCAAGGGGUGUGGGGAGGGGGCUGGCUAGCAACGACCAGAGGUUGUUAGGGAGGAUGAGGGAGGCCGAGGAUGUAGAAUGGUGUGAUUGCUGA